UUGAAGGCAUAUUUUCAUCAUGGCGGACGAAAGUGACCUGAAAAUUCGCGACCAAGAAGCUGCUAUAACAAGCAAAAGAGCUAGAUUUUUACAAUUUAUUGGACUUUAUAUCCCUCCUUCGGGUUUUUUUGGACAAACUUUGACUCGCGUUCUAAUUGUUAUCCUCAGCUGGGCAGUUUUGUGGUCCAUUCUUGGCGCUGAGCUUCUACCUGGAGGCAACAUCUUCGGAAUUUUCAACGUGAUAGUGCUUGCCGCGUUUGGUGGCUUUUUAACAAGAAAACUCUCUAAAAACACUUUUCCUUCGCUAUUGGGGAUGCUUGUUGUUGGAUUUAUUCUUCGUAAUGUGCCAGGGAUCAAUGUUGCGCGCCAUAUUGACAAGAAAUGGUCUUCAACUUUGCGCAGUAUGGCACUCGUUGUUAUUCUUACGCGGUCGGGUUUGGAACUCGACCCGGGAGCUUUGCGGCGGCUUAAAUUCACUGUAAUACGCUUGGCUUUUUCCCCUUGUAUUGGAGAGGCUAUUACAGUGGCUGUUGUUGGUAAACUGUUAUUAGACAUGCCUUGGCUUUGGGGGUUUCAACUUGGGUUUGUUCUUGGUGCUGUCACACCAGCAGUUGUAGUUCCCCAGCUUCUCACUUUGCAGCAGAGAGGUUUUGGGGUUGAACAGGGAAUUCCCACUUUAGUUAUGGCUGCAUCAUCAUUUGAUGAUGUCAUUGCAAUAAGUUUGUUUGGAGUUUUUCUUGGAAUUGCAUUUUCAGAAGGAAACAUAGUGUUCAACAUCUUCAGAGGUCCUAUUGAGCUGCUAAUGGGUGCUGUAUUUGGAAGCUUGGUGGGAAUUUUGUGCUGGUUCUUACCAAACAAAUCUGAGAAAGACAGGUCACACAAUAGAUUUGUGAUUCUCCUUGGCUGUGCUAUGCUUUCAGUGUUUGGCAGUAAUAUGGCUCAGUUUUCAGGAGCAGGAGCCCUUGGUGUUCUUGUUUUAGCUACUGUGGCAUCAUAUGGUUGGGGAGACACUGAGAAGGCUCCAAUUGUGGAUGCUAUGGCUAUAGUGUGGGAAUUCUUUCAGCCUCUGUUGUUUGGUUUAAUUGGUGCAGAAGUCAGUAUUGAAUACAUGAAUAGCACAGUCAUUGGGAAAGCAUUUGGUAUACUCUCCAUAGCAAUGGUCAUUAGACUGAUCAUAACUUUCCUUGUUGUAUCUGGAAACAAUCUCAGCGUAAGGGAUAAGAUUUUUGUAGCCAUAGCUUGGUCCCCAAAGGCAACUGUGCAGGCUGCCAUUGGCUCAGUGUCACUGGAUAUUGCAAGGGAGCGAGGUUUUACUGGAAUGCAUCAAGAGGAACUUGGAAUUCAGAUCUUAACCAUAGCUGUGCUGUCCAUUCUCCUUACGGCCCCAACUGGUGCAGUGGGAAUUGCAGUUUCUGGCCCUCGAUUGUUACGCAGUGCAGUAGAAACACAAGAGACAGGGGAAAAAAUAGAAGUGGAACCAAUUCUUGAGGGACAAGGUGCAGGGUUUUCAGAAAUGAAUAGUGAUGUGUAAUGUGGCUUUAUGUUAAUCAGUAUGGAGAAAAAAAAAGAACUUAGAAAUAAGUAAACAAAUAGACAAAUAAACAAUGAGAGAGGAAAAGGGCUAUUGUUUUGCCACAUUGUGGUCUGUUCCUUUUACUCAAUGGACAAAGAGAAAAGUAAGGUAUUUGUGACUAUGUUAAUGGUCUGUAUCAGUUGUUUAAUAAUUUUGAACAAAGAGAGUCUGGCAUUAUUGUUAGUGGCAGCUUAUCAAAUUUAUUGCAAGGGCCUGAUGCAAUAAAUGGGACCAGGGACAUAGAUUCAUUCAAAUAGAUUAGGCUGGGAAUGGGAGUCUUUUCCACUGGGAGGAAUGGAUUGGGAUCACUUGAACUGGCAUUCUCUUAUCAACAAAAAGAAUUGGGAUUGAGAUGUGGACAAAAAUAGGCUGGGAACUGGAAUUUGGCCAAGAAACCAA